AUGAAGCGGCUGCUUGUGAGGGCUGUGCGGGACAAAGCCAUGAACCCCUGGCUGCUCUUCGCUCUCCUCGGACUCUGUGCAGCGUUUGGGCCCAGUCAACAGGAAGACGAGGAUUAUGAAGAUGUACCCAUAAAUAAGACCUGGGUUUUAUCACCCAAGGUCUAUGAGAGCGACGUGACUUUGAUUCUAAAUAAACUGCUGGAGGGCUACGACAACAAACUGCGGCCUGACAUUGGAGUGAGGCCAACAGUGAUCGAAACAGCUGUGUAUGUCAACAGCAUUGGACCAGUAGACCCCAUAAACAUGGAAUACACCAUUGAUAUCUUCUUUGCCCAGACAUGGUAUGACAGCCGACUGAAAUUCAACAGCUCGAUGAAGUUGCUCAUGCUCAACAGUAACAUGGUAGGCAAAAUAUGGAUUCCGGACACAUUCUUCAGAAAUUCCCGGAAAUCAGAUGCCCACUGGAUCACCACUCCAAACCGCCUCCUAAGGCUAUGGAGCAAUGGAAGAGUGAUGUACACACUGAGGUUGACUAUUAAUGCGGAGUGUUACCUUAAGCUGCAUAACUUUCCAAUGGAUGAGCACUCGUGUCCACUGGAGUUUUCAAGCUAUGGUUAUCCAAAGAAUGAGAUCAUGUACCGGUGGCAGAGACGAGCAGUGGAGGUAGCAGACCAGCGGUACUGGAGACUCUACCAGUUUGCUUUUGUAGGGUUGAGGAACACCUCUGACGUGGCGCACACCCAGUCAGGGGAAUAUGUCAUUUUGACGAUCUUUUUUGACCUGAGUCGGAGAAUGGGCUACUUUACCAUCCAGACCUACAUUCCCUGCAGUAUGAUCGUUGUCUUGUCCUGGGUCUCCUUUUGGAUCAACAAGGAUGCUGUCCCAGCCCGCACAUCUUUAGGUAUCACCACAGUGCUCACCAUGACAACUCUAAGUACCAUCUCCAGGAAGUCCCUCCCCAAGGUAUCCUAUGUCACUGCUAUGGAUUUGUUCGUCUCUGUCUGCUUCAUCUUUACCUUCGCUGCCCUCAUGGAGUACGGCACUCUGCACUACUUCACCAGCAACAGACAGACCAAGAAGUCUAAAGCCAACAAUAACACACAGCAAAAAGCAUCUAGCAUGGUCAAUAUCCGCCCUGGCACGUCCCUGCUACAGAUGAACAACAUUGUGCCCUAUCAUGAGGAGGAUGACUAUGCCUACGAGUGUUUGGAUGGAAAAGACUGUGCCAGCUUCUUCUGCUGUUUCGAUGACUGCCGCUCAGGUGCCUGGCGUGAAAACAGGAUGCAUGUACGAGUUUCCAAGAUUGAUUCUUACUCAAGAAUAUUUUUCCCCACUGCUUUUGGCCUUUUCAAUCUGGUUUAUUGGAUAGGUUAUCUGUAUCUAUAA